AUGUCGUCGUCUGCCGUCCCGCCCUCAGGGCUCGCGCCAGCACCAAACGCCGCACCCACUAGCCCUCUCGACGGCACGGCCGACCCGGCGCAGGCCGCCUCGCCCGACGACGCCAACACUCAGCACAAGCCGUCGGUCCUCGACGCGGCCAAGACGAUCCGGCCCCUCGAGGACCUGCAGCGCCUGCCCAACAUGCCCUGCGCGCGCUACUCGCUCCUGUUCGGCAUCGUCGCCGGCGUCAGCGUCGGGUGUCUGCGGUUCGUGUUCAGCCGCACGGCGAGGCGCGGGACCCUCAUGGGCGGCGGCGGUGGGGCGGGACGGUGGGCUGAGGUGGGCGCGGCGGCCAACUGGGCGGUGGGAGCUUGGGGCGUCGGCAGCUUGGGUGCCUGGGAGACCUGUCGCGCCCGCCAGACGGCCGAGGCAGCGCGCAUGAACGCCCUCGUGUCCGAGAUUAAGGCCCGCCGUGCCGCCAAGGGGCCCAAGCCGGCGACGGCGGCGGCCGACCUCGAGCGGCCCUCGUCUGGCCCAGCAGGGAUCCGGGUCGGCGCACUCGGUGAGGAGGUGCGGCGGGAUCAGGACCCGGCGCGAGGACCGGGAGCAGGAGCGAGCGAGCUGCCGGUCGAGCCGGAGAGGAAGACCGGCGGAGGAUGGUUCGGCGGGAGGAUAUAAACGAGGGACCGGGCGGCGGCAUAGAGUGAGCAUCUUGCAACACUGCAUCUUCUCCUUCUC